AUGAAUAUUGAUCUGUCGUAACAAUUGCAAAAAUACAGGCAGGAGAUUAACAGUAAGUUCAAAUAGAAACAAAUACUGGCUUAAACUAUCUUUAAAUUAGCUUCGCAAUCAAAUAAGAAGGAUAAUGUCAAUUUGGCUACCUUGAAAUAAGACUUAGGUAGACAAAGAACUAAGUAGAGAACUUCCGUUACAAAUUUUUAAGGGAGUCCUUUGAAAAAUAUGAUAAGACAAAAUUAAUCACCAAAUGCUUAAAUGAGAAAUGAAUUUAAUUCAUCAAAGUUUAUAAGUCCAAUGAGAUCCAUGUCUCAAUUCAAGCAAUCACCUAAGUAAUCGAAGUUUCAAAUCCCCACUCCAAGAGAUGCUAAUUAAACGUAGAGUGCAGUUAAAUUAUAUUCCUCGAAAUAUUAAAAAGUAUUGCCAAGUGAGUAAGGAAAUUACUACAGUCAACUUCAAGCCAAGUUGGAUGGGUUGGCAUAAUUGAUAGGAUCUGAAGAAGAUUAUCAUUAAAAUGCUAAAGAUGUUGAAAAUGUAAUUGAAGAAACAAUCAACAAUUUUCACAACUCAAAUAAAUAAAACAAGUUUGAUCAAAUAAAAAGUUAAUAGUAAGUACUUGAAUAAGAUUUGAAGCAAUUAACCUUCAAAAUCUCUAGAUUUAAUGUCUAUAAAGAUUGA